AUGGCGCAACUUCUCAGAGACUGGGUCACGUGCAGUCUGUCUGAGGACUUCUGUCCUCGGUGGUUUCUCUUCUCCCUCACGGUAAAGAAAAGUCGUGCCGUUUCCAUGGUGUUCUCAGUUCUGAUGGCCGAGGGCUGUGUUUGUGACCUGCCUUGGAGAAUGCCACCCUUUUCCUCUUACAACCUCCUCUUGCUAGCAGGUCUGUGCUGUCUGCUCCCUGGCUUCCAGACUAAAGACUACCAAGAGGCAGGUGCCUCGGGCCAUGGCAAGAUCCAGGAGCCGCCCCAAUGCCAGAAUUUUGCUUCCACCAUCACCAACAUGUCCUUGUCCUUGCUCCGAAAGGUAAUCCAUUGGCCCGGGCAAACCAACGCUAUGUUCUCCCCGGUAAGCAUCACAGCUGCCUUCGCAAUGCUCUCUCUGGGAGCUAAAGGCAGCACGCAGAAGCAAAUCCUGAACGGGCUGAGGUUCGGUCUCCCAGAUAUGCCUAAAAUGCAGGUCCACAAGUGCUUCCAGCAGCUCCUGCAGACAUUCCGCCAGCCAAACUAUCAGUUACUCAUGACCACUGGCAACAGCCUGUUCAUCGAUAAACGUCUGGAGGUGACAGACAAGUUCAGGGAGGUCGUUACAGAGUUGUACAAUGGGGAAACCAUCCCCGUCAACUUCAGGAACAUUAAAGAAGCCAAGGAACAGAUCAACAAACACACGUUGAAGAGAAGCUACGGACACAUAUUGCAGGUGGUCGAAGACCUGCCGAUGGACACAGCUCUUGCCCUGGUGAACUUCAUCUCCUUGGAUGGAAUCCAUCAUGGUGAACUCCAAGCUGAUCUAUUGAGUAACAAUGAGUUCCGCCUGGAUACAGGCCAGGUGGUCUUGGUGCCCAUGGUCAAACGCAUGGGUAAAUUUUACCUGAAGAGGGAUAGUAAUCUGUCCAGCUGGGUGCUGAUACAGCACUAUGUAGGAAAUGCCAUGGCCUUCUUCAUCCUGCCAGACCUGGGGAAGAUGCAACAACUGAUAGACAACCUGAGCUAUGAGUACCUCAACAGCAUCCAGACGCACAUUAACCCCAGGUAUGCCAACUUAGGUUUCCCCAAAUUUACCAUUUCUGCAACUUACGACCUGAAGACAGUCAUGAGGACGCUGGGCAUCACCCAGAUCUUCAGCAGCAGGGCUGAUCUGUCAAAAGUCACAAAGGAUGCUCCUGUGAAGUUGUCCAAGGCCACACGGUCUCUAGUGGCACGGCUCUUGGUUAAACGGGGCAGUUUCUCUCGCACUGAAUCAUUGCAGACGGGAGUGGAGUAG